AUUUUUGUUGGCAUGGGAAAGAUAAUGUCUCGCCACCUGGAGGAGCUGGCGACACCUCGGAUGAGUGAGUGGAGGGGCCCCUUUUCUGCUGUGAGGAGACUACAUCAGACGAGACAAGAGACGUGGGUAGCCAGGAGAGUGGUUGCAAGCCCAUGUUUGCUGAUGUGAUGAACAGGAAAUGGAGGGUUGGCUUGCUAAAGAAGACACCAAUAGGGGAAGAAAAGGAAAACCAGGAGGUGAGGGAUCGGGUUUUUAGAGAGUUUUGCAGGAGAGAGAGAGCUGGAAGGGAAAGUUUCAUUGAGGGGGAAGCGGAUGCUGGACCUACAGAGGAGUAUAUAAGGUUUUCUUCUGAUAGUUUGGAGAGAAGAACCUCGAAAGAGCACUUUCCAGGUAUGCUACUCAUUUAUCUCCAUUAUUCUUCUGUUAUUCGCUCCCCUCGGUUCUUAGCUAGGUGUUAUUUAGCAGUUUGCGUGUGGAUAUCAUGUGGUUGCUCUCGUUGAUUUCUAUGGUUGCGUGUGGAUAUUUGUCUCAUUUUUCUUUCAAAAGACUUUUAUUAUUAUUAUUAUUAUGGAAAUUGAUAAAAUAUGCUUUCUAUUCAUUGUUUCUUUCAAAAUUGUCGGCAUAUUCCUCCUCUUUAUCUCUUCACAGACUGAUUAUUUUAUUAGUUGACACAUUUCAUUGCCUAGAAGAAGAGAAAUAGGUCUGAGUUUGGAACAGUAAGGUUGUUUGAUAUCCUACUCCGAUGGUGAGAGCAACCAAAGUUAAGAGAAGCACAACGACUGUAAAAAGAGCAAGAGCAAAUCAAAAGCAAAUUGAAGGCCAAUCUCCAGAAUGGGUGAUCAACAUCAAUAAGCGUUGUAAAGAAGGGCCUCAGUAUGACUGCGGAAAAUGGUUGACAAUCUAUCGAGUCCCAAAGAACAUAAGAGAAGUUCAUAAAAAUGCUUUUGCCCCAAAAAUUAUAUCCAUUGGUCCCUUACAUUAUGGGGACCCAGGGCUAAGGUUCAUGGAAGAACACAAGAUGCGGUAUCUUUUACGCCUUUUAGGAUCCAGGACCCCUGAAAAUGCAGAACAGGCAGAAGACUUGGUGCCACAAGUUCAUCAGGCUAUUCUCUUGGAGGAUCUUGAAGGAGCCAUGAGGGAGUUGGAGCAGAAGACAAGGCAGUGCUACGCAGGAGCUUUUGAUAUUGACAGCAAUGAUUUUGUUCAAAUGAUGGUCAUCGAUGGUUGCUUUGUGCUUGAACUAUUGCGCCUUUACAACAGGUUUGAAAGGGAGAAAAAUGUAGAUGACCCCAUCUUCACCAUCCGCUGGAUGCUGCGGACACUUCAGCGUGAUUUAUUGAAGCUCGAGAAUCAGCUGCCUUUCUUUGUUCUUAAAAAGCUAUUUGAGCUAACUAGCUUGGCUGAGGAUCCACCACUGAUUGAUCUUGUACUCACAUUCUUUGAUCCCUUACUGCCAAGGAAAAAUAUUAAAGGGAAUCUGAACCCUGAAGGUGAAUUCGAUCAUAUGCUUGAGGUGUUUCGUUCAACCUUCCUUUCAUCUGUCAACCAAGAUAUUACAUCUGGAUGUGAGCAACUGAAAAUCUCUGUCAACGUUCCCCUUGUUCAAGAGAGACAGCUAAUUCAUAGUGUAACAGAGCCUGAGAAGGCAGGAGUUAAGCUAAAAAAGAGAAAGGACUGUGAUUUGCUAGACAUCAAUUUUCAAGCUGGGGUGUUGAAAAUCCCUCCUCUGUACAUUGAUGAUAACACUGCUGUUCUCUUCCUAAACUUUGUGGCCUAUGAGCAGUGUGAAGACACUAAACCUUUUUUCACCAAUUACUUAAUGUUCUUUGACAGCUUAAUCAAUUCUUCAGCCGACGUCGGGAUUCUUCACAAAAAUGGGAUCAUCAAUCAUGUUUUGGGAAGUGAUCAGGAUGUAGCCGAUCUUUUCAAUAAGCUGGGUCGUGAGGUUGUCUAUGAUUUGGAUGAGUGCUACUUGUCUCAACAAAUAAAGAGAGUUAAUAACUACUGCAAGACAUACUAUGCUAGCAAAUGGCGUGUUUGGUUUACAAACUUGAAACAUGACUAUUUCAGUAAUCCAUGGACAUUUUUCUCACUUCUUGCGGCCAUUGCCCUUUUGUUACUCACCACUGCUCAAACUUAUUAUACUGUGUAUGGUUACUAUAGUCCUUCAUAGGCACUGCCGUGCAGACUUUUAUAUCACUUGGGCUUUAUUCAUUCAUUUUUCAUGUUUUUCCUUCUACA